AUGAAAAAGCUCCAAGCGAAAAAUAAACACCUCCAAGAAGAUGAUGAAGAUCAAGAAAGCAUGGAUCAUGAUGAUGAGGACAUACAUUCACAAGAGUCAGAACAAGAAGUAGAACUAUAUGAUGAUCAGAAGGGUAAACAAGUAGUACAGAGUGAUGUUCAUCAUCAAAACGGAGAUCGGGUUUGUGAGCAAUGUGGUAAGAGAUUUCAAAAUGGAAAAGCUUUGGGAGGUCACAUAAAAGUUCACUUCAAUCAAUCUCUUCUUCCCAAGAAGAACAAAAACUUGUUUAAGCCCAAGAACAAACAUCUUUCUUUGAAGGAAGCACAUAGUCCUGUUGGUGAUGAUCACAGCAACAAAAUUUCAUGCUAUGUUUGCAACAAGAAUUUCCCAUCAAUCAAAUCUUUGCACGGUCACAUGAGACUCCACCGAGAAAGAGACUGGAAGGGUGUCCGGCCUCCGGGGCCUUCUCUGUCCCCGUGUGACGAAAGCAACUCUUCUUCUUCAUAUGAAAAUGUGUCUGAAGAUGAGGAUGAUGGUGAUAGUAGUUUAUCUGACCGCACCAUAGAGACAGAUAAUGAUGUAGCAAAUUUCUUAGUAAACUGGACCAAGAUCGAACAGAGACGCAGGAGUCUAAUUGCUAACCAAACCGAGCCUAAUCAUGCAGAGAAUAGUGGUCUAUCUAACCAAAGACAAAGAGUGCCUCAUUAUGCAGAGGACCAAGUUGGUGAAUUUGCAGGGAAGAAGCCAAUAGAAGAAUCACCAGUUGGAUACAAAGGCAGCUCUUCAUCUAAAAAAAUCAAAUGUGAUGGUAGAAGUAAUAAGAAAAGUACCAUGGAGGCAAGUAAAAGUACUGGAGGUACAAAACCCAUGAAAGACAUUGGCUUGUUUGAUCAAACCCACAAGCAGAUUCCAACAAAGCGUCAAGAAUUUGGAUCCAGAAGAUCUGAUGUGAACAUGGAUGAAGAUUCUGGGUUUAGUAGUAAAUAUGUGGAAAACCAAGUUGGUGAACUUUCAGUGAAGAAGCCAAUACAAAAAUCACCUGUUGGAUACAAAGGCAAACCUUCAUUAAAGAUCAAAUUGAAACUUGAUGGUAAAGGAAAGGCUUCUAUGCAAGAUGUUGAUGAGAAUGAUGAUCAAACUAGUACAAAACCCAUAAAAGACACUGCUUUACUUUACCAAACCCGCAAGCAGAUGGCAAGAAAAACUCAAGAAUUUGGUACUAAAUUUGCUGAGAAGGGAAAAUACCAUGAAGAAGCUGAAGCAGUGGAACAUGGCAUCAAACAGUUUGAGUGCAAUAUUUGCCCCUGCAAGUUCUCAACGGGUCAGGCUCUUGGAGGCCACAAGAGAGGUCACAACUAUAAAGGAGUACCAGUGGAAGAAGCUCGAGGAACAGCUCAAGUAGCACCCAUGGAUUUAGAAGAUGGUGAGAUCAGAACAGAUCCUACAAAAUUCAACUUGGAUCUCAACCAACUUCCUCAUCAGACAGACGAUGAAGAUAUUGGUGUGUAG